AUGGUCAAUCUCGGGACAAUAUAUCAACAAUAUGUGAUUAUUGCUGGGGACCAAAGUAUUAUCAGCUUUUCCGAGACCUUUCCGGCAAAAAACUAAUCUACUGCGGUGACCAGAAGAAGCAUCUAGGCCUUAUAGAAUAAUUCCCUAUAGCAGGAACACCAAAUUCACUGGUCGGAAAAGUAUCCUGGACUCGGUAAAGAGCCUCUCCGGGCGUAAGGGCCACAAUCGGAUUGCACUUCUUGGAUUGGGCGGCUCUGGGUAUGCUUCCAUUAAUUUGGUAUCUGAAGAGCCUACUAACUUUGCUCAGAAAAACCCAGAUCGCGCUCGAAUAUGUUCAUCAGUGCGCAAGCGAGAGCGAUCGUGAUAUUUACUGGGUGCAAGGAAGCGGAGUGUUAAAAUUUAAAGAGGGUUUUAGGGCUAUUGCCCAACAUGUCCGAAUUCCUCUAGCCAGUGCCGACAUGGAAGAAGAGGGAUUCCUAUUGAGUGUAAGGAGAUGGUUUGAGGGCGCAGAUAGCGGCAAUUGGGUUCUGGUUAUGGACAAUGCCGACAACGAGGAGGACUUUGCCAGUAACAAUAGUCCCAUCGCUAAGUUUGUGCCACAAGGCCCCCGAGGUACUCUUAUAUUCACCACCAGAUCUCGCCAGGUCGCAUUGCGCCAGGCGUGCGAAAGGAUUGAGGUGGGAAAAAUGGAGGAAGAUGAAGCGCGAGCCUUGUUUUCGAGACACUAUGGUAGCGGGGGAAAUUUGAGGGACGGGGAAGAAGAGGUUGUUGCUAUGAUCCUAGGUUCGGUGGGCCGCUUGCCGCUGGCUGUCGUAGGAUCCGCGGCUUUCAUGGUUGAGACCGAAACACCACCCCCCGAAUACUGGACCAUUUUUCAGGAGAACGAUAAGCGGAGGACAAAGCUACUUUCACAGCAGUUUAGCGAUAUCCGCCGCGAUGUCGACAUGACAGAAAGUAUUUUGAGCACAUACUUCAUCACCUUUGACCGUAUUACAGAACAGAUGCCGACCGCCGGCGACCUCCUACGGCUGAUUGCCUUCUUUGAUCGUCAAAAUAUACCUGAGGAGCUCCUGCGCGAAUCUGGAGUUGAAGGGGUAGAUGAUCCGGUUGAAUUCCGCCAGGCUGUUGGAAAACUCUCUGGAUUCUCAUUAGUUACUGCUACUAAAGGUGAAGAUAAAACAUUUUAUGAACUCCAUCGUUUAGUGCAGCUAUCGGUACAGGCCUAUUUAUCGCCGGAAGAGUUGAAUAAAUGGAGAACCACCGCAUUGCGAGUCAUCUCCCGAAUAUUCCCGAAAUAUGAGCACGAGCUGCGGAAUAUCUGCGAUGCAUACAUUCCACACGCACUUACGGUAACUGACGGCCCAACGGAUGUUAUUGCGGAAGACCUUUGCUUCCGUAUGGCAGAGUGGUUUCUACAUUUGGGUUCCUACGACCGUGCAGAAGUACAAAUCCGUCGAUGUAUCCGGCUACGGGAGGAGCAUAAAGAGCAAGGCUGGGAUAAGGGUCAUGGGAGACUUAUGCUAUUGGGACGGGUGAGCGCAUGUCAAGGAAAGGCUCGGGAGGCG